UAAAUACAAAAGAAAUUUGUACUAUAAAGGUAGAUCCGAAGUCAAAAAGAUCAAAGGCUGAUUGUCGAAACAAAAACUUGACGAGUGUUCCAUUGGACUUACCAGCUGAUAUCAAUGUACUCGAUUUAGCGGAAAAUUUUAUUACGUUUGUUAAUAACUCUGAUUUCAAACAAUUUGUAGUACUUUCGGAAAUCAAUUUGAACAACAACGAAAUUAUGGCCCUAGAUACGCACGCAUUUGAUUUACCUUUCCUAACGAAAUUGCUAUUGUCAAACAAUCAUCUUAAUGUAUCGGAUUCUUAUUCAGAGAAAGUGUUCCAUUCAUCAUCGAAACUUAGAGAACUGGAUAUAAAACGGAAUAUGAGAUAUGCUAGCUAUAGUGAGAAUCAAUUAGAUUAUAACUUACCAGGGGCCAGUCUUAUAAAUUUGGAGGAACUUGUUAUUGACUUAGUUUGCUUUCCCAAAUUCAAUUCAAGUUUUCAGAAGAUGAGCAACCUACAAACGCUUAUAUUCGAUGAUUGUUUUAUUUGUUACCUCAGCAAUGAAACGUUCAUGAAUUUUCCUCAAACCGUAAAAGAAUUACAAAUGAGGAGCUGUCAAUAUUUCUUUGUGGUUGAAAUUGAUGCAUUGAAAUAUUUUCCCAUGUUGCGCAUUCUCGAUAUUAACGAUACCCCAAUCAGUUUAAGUCAGGCGUUACAAAUGGUUUAUCCAUUACAAAACACGAAUAUGGAUAUCAUCAAUUUCCACCAUGUUUCUGUAGAAAAUUCGAAAAUUUAUCCUUAUGACGUCAUUUUGACUCCGAAGUUAAUGGAGUAUAUAUCAACGAUCUGUAUCAAAAUUCUUGAUAUCUCUGAAAAUAGCAUAUGUUCCAUAAGCAACAAAUCUCUAAUUCUGUUUCAGCACCCGCAAUGCUUUGAACAGUUAAUUUUAUCAGCAAACAGAUUAGGAUUAGGAUAUUUUAUCUCAGAUUUCGUGAGUUUCGUUUACCGUAUGACGAAUUUAACUCUGUUUGAUAACUCAUAUGUUCCGCUGGAAUAUAAGAAUCCUCAGUUUUUACAUGACAGCCAAACUUUGAAUUUGAGAGUUAAAGACAGCAGUAUUUCUAAGGGUAAUUUUGAAAAACCAUCUUUUACGUUUCAUAUACCUAAAAAUCUAAAAUAUGUUAGAAUAUCUCACGUUAUGGCAAGAAACUACGUAAAAAAUAUAGAUAUAUCAAACACUUUGCUUGCAACACUAGAUUUUUCAUAUUACAAUACGGAUAUGUUUCCGCGUUUUAUAUGUGAUGGUUUUAACAAUCUCGAAUAUCUUGACAUAUCGGGAAUAGAGUCAACAAAAACAUUCGGUCAGUUCCCAAUCUUAAAACAUCUCAAGAUUCUAAAAAUGGCACAAAGUCAAUUAUAUAAAUUAAUUCCACAAAACGUAUCAAUUUUUAAUUGGACUACGUACUUGACUUCUUUGGAUGUUUCGCAUAAUUAUUUGUGGUACCUUGGUGAGAAAUCUUUCGAAGGAUUAAAUUCAUUGACUUCGUUAAACGUUUCAAAUAAUAUGUUUCAAACUAUUCCGCGGGUAAUCAUGUCUUUUGCUCAUUUAACUGAAUUGGAUUUAAGUUUUAAUCUACUGUCGAUGCUGGAAGAUGACUUAACAGUCUGGAUUAAUGUUCAAAACAAACAUUUUGGACAUUUCAAACUGUACCUACAAGGGAAUGCCUUUAUAUGUACGUGUGAAACUGCAAAUUUUUUGACCUGGAUUUUUGAUACAAAAGCAAGCUUAGACUUGGAUAAAAACUACACAUGUCGUCUGCCUGGCGGUGGAAAUAAUUUCACUAAAAAUGUGACAGAAGAAUAUCACAAUUACUUUUCUGCCUGCAACGCCGCAUUAUGGGUGAAACUUGGAGUUUCUCUUCUAACUACAAUAUGUUUCUGUAUAAUGUGUAUAACCUUAGUAUAUAAUUUCCGAUGGAGAAUACUUUUCUAUUUUCAUCGAAAAUUCCUCAUUAUCGUGGAAAAAGGCCUUGAAGUUAAUUUCAAGUAUGACGUUUAUGUUUCAUACUCGGAUGAUGGCGCUUUUUUCAUUAAGAAUAUUCUACAACCUACUAUUGAACAUCGAUGGGGAUUGAGAAUGUGCUGUGAAGAUCGAGACUUCGAUGUAGGUGCAUCCAAUUUGGAUGUUAGAGCUCGAUCCAUAAAUAAAAGUAGGCACAUAAUAUUUGUCAUUACACCAUCUUUCAUCACACGUGAAUGGAAUCAUUUUGAAAUUGAAAGAGCAAAGUAUGAAAAAUUUACAAAAGAUUUACAAAAAAUUGUUGUUAUAGCACACAAAACCUCGCUACAAAAUACUCCGUCGGAGCUAAGUACGAUCUGGAACGAUGUGUGUGUUAUUGAAUGGCCAGAAGAAGGAGGCGAAUUGUUUACAGUUUGGCAAAAGCUAAGACUAUGGCUCUUUUAAUAUAUCUGCAUCUUUUCGAUUUUAUUAUGUUUCGAGCAGUUAUAUCAGAGAAACCGUGGAUAAAAAAUACAUCCGAAAUAAAUUGGAAACGUAAUUGAUUUUGUAUGCGUUUUUAGA